AUGGAUGACAUCAGAAUACUAAUAUUCAUGGAUACUAAGAAAGGAUGUGAUCAGAUCACUCGACAGCUCCGCAUGAAUGGUUUGCCUGCUCUCUCAAUUCAUGGAGACAAAAGUCAAGUAGAAAGGGAUUGGGUCCUCUCUAAGUUUAAAGCUAAUGACUGCAACAGAUGUUGCUGCUCAUGGUCUAGGAUGCUUGGGUAUUUAAAGGAGAUCGACUCUCCUCCACCUGUGCGAGCCUCUUUCUCUUUCAUUCUCUUUUAA